UAAAGAAGAAGGAAACAAGAAUUCAGGAGAUACCUUCCUAGGUCACACAGAAAUAGGUUACUACGCACGUGAUUUUGAUGGAAACAUGGAUACGUGCUCCUUUACCAUAGAUGUUACAGCCACGCGGUGCCCCGAACUUGUUCUGGGUGAUGGUGUAAUUAGGGUUUGUACAGAUUACGAUGGAAGAUAUGGUAGCAGGUGUGAAUUUGAAUGUUAUUAUGGAUAUAAUCUCGAUGGUAAACGUAAGACAGUGUGCCAGAACAAUGGAAGGUGGGAUUCCAAACCUCCAAUAUGUAAAGAAAAACGAUGUCCUCCACUUCCAAAAGGAAAAGGUCUUUCCUAUUCGUGCACCAAGGAGAAUAAGUUCCAAAGUGAGUGCUCACUGGAGUGUCCAGCUGGAUUCGACAUUCCUCCAGGGAAAGGCAGAGUGAAACUUUGCAGGAAUGAUGGACAAUGGAAGGGAUCAUUUCCACAAUGCAUUGAUAUAUUAAAACCAAGGAUAGAGAAUUGCAAACCUUUUGUCGAUGGGACGGCAGAUAUCAAUUCUACUAGAGGAAGAAUAUAUUGGGAUGAACCAGGGGUGUACGAUAAUGAAGACAAGGACAUUAUCUUACACAAGUCUGUAGAGAUUUCUCCCGGGGAUGUCAUAGAGGCCGGAACACGUCAAGUCCAGUAUACUGCUAAAGACAGGACAGGCAACAAGGCAACACCAUGCAAUGUUACACUUUCUAUGAAAACGUUAACAUGUCAACGUUUGUUUGACGAUACUUUCUUGUCUGUGACGUGUCCUUGGGGGUAUAAAUACGGUGGACAGUGUCAUUUCUCGUGCAGAAUUGGGUCAGUAUUGGUUGGACCCAACGUUACCAACUGUGUCAAGAGUAAGGAUGGAAAGUAUGUCUACUGGGAUUUUGGAAAAACACAACCCUACUGCGAGGUUUUUCGGGCCUGUGCAAACGACCCUAUCCCACCAAAGAAUGGCGCCGUUGCCUGUGAUUCGUGGUUGGAUGGAAAGUUUUGUCAGGUUCAGUGUCAGGAGGGGUAUUAUUUCAAACCAGAUUAUCCCUUCCAUGAGAUGUUAGUUUGUGGAGACAGCGGAAUAUGGGAACCUAAGGAAGCUCUUCCUAUUCCAGAUUGCUCAAAAACGUACGAAGUAAAAGUUGCAAAAUUUCAAAUGCACUCAUCAUUUUACUACGAUGGUGAUUGUACCGAUCCCAUCGUACAGGAACACAUUCGACAAAACUAUAUCAGUUCCUUGUCAAAGUCUGCGUUCAAAGAAGCCUGUAUAAAAUAUAAGAGCCAGUGCAAAAUUGAAAAUGUCGAGGUGCUAUGCGGAGCUACUUCGAGAAGGAAGAGAUCACCAAAAUUAGAAAUUGUUGUAGACUUUGUCAUAGACUCAGAGAAUGUCCAGACAGAACAGGGUUUCGUGGGCAUUCAGAGUAGUAUGAUGAACGUCUUAAUAAAUGAAAGUUCGAACGGAAGUCUCUCAAUAACUCUAGACGACAAUGUGACUUUGAGCGCUAAUGACCUCUCUGCAGCGAAUGUGGCUUUUGAGUGUCCUAACAACACGUUCCCAUCAUACACAACUUCCUCGUGUGUGGAGUGUCCAGCGGGGACAUAUUACAACCCCUCUCUUCAGACAUGUCCCCAAUGCUCUAAAGGUCACUAUCAGCCAUUGGAGGGACAACCUGCUUGUCUUCAGUGUCCCACGGGGACAACAACAGCACAAGUCGGAUCUAAAUCGGCACGGGAGUGUUUAGAGGCUUGUCUGCCGGGAUAUUGGUCAGUGACAGGGGUGGGGCCUUGUUCUCCCUGUCCCAGAGGCUUCUAUGCAGACGAUUAUGGCACCUCCGUGUGUACUGCUUGUCCACCAUCACAAACAACUCUAAUCGAAGGCAGUAAUAAUUCUACUGAAUGUACAUACUUUGACAUUUUUCUGGGUUCCACUGAAUCAAAGGCCAGUGUUGACAUCGAUUUGACUAAUGAGGAAAGGAAAAUUACUCUCAGUGCAUGGCUGCGUCUCCCACCGAGCUUCAACAAGACAAUUCCGUCACUUCUUAUUCAAAACAAUGGAAGAUCACUAAAAACAAUAUCAAUUGAGCAAAGAAACGAAUCCAACAAAAAUAAUUUAACCAUCUUGAUUGACGAUAAGGAAUGGACAUUUAUUGUACACACUGUGAAUCUAACAGAGAUUGAAAUGUCCAGAGUAAAUGAGAAUACAACCACCAGCCUUACACUAACAGGCCCACUUAUUGUAUCUCAACUGAAUAUAUGGGCCUCAAAUCGCACCGAAGAGGAAAUAAGCAGCCAAUCCAAUCGCUGUAUUAUAAGCGAGGAAGGGGAUGUUCUUUCUUGGGAAACAGCCCUUUUGAUGGAAAGUUUCAUACAGAUUCCUAGCAGUUGUGAUGAUAUAAAUGAGUGUGAUGAGCAUCCAUGUGGUAACAACACGUGUAUUAACGAGCUUGGUGGGUUUACUUGUGAGUGUAGCCCGGGAUACAGAGGGAAGCUCUGUGAGGAGAAUAUAGACGAGUGUCUGACCAAUAUCUGUCAGAAUAACAGCACGUGCGUGGACGGCGUCAAUGGAUACACGUCCACGUGUCCACCAAACUACAAAGGAAAAUUCUGUGAAUCACUUUUUUUGAAUGGUAACUGGAGUGAAUGGGACGAAUGGUCACCAUGUUCAGAAAACUGUGGUAAUGGAACAAAAACUCGUCAACGGUAUUGCACCAACCCAGCCCCGUAUAACGGAGGGAAACUCUGCACUGGUAGUGACAAAGAAAUUGCUGAAUGUAUUGUCAAAGAUUGUCCAGUAUGUUCACCUCUAAGCGCGCCUUCAAACGGUUCAUUGAACUGCAGCGGGUCUCCUGACACUGGAUUCAAUUGUACCAUAAGCUGUAACCGAGGAUUUGAUUUUGACAAAGGCAUCAAACCGUUUUACGAGUGUGGUCCAAACACGUUCUUUUUGUGGGAUUUUAAAUCAGAUGAUAAUCCAAAUGGAGACCUACCAACGUGUAAUCCAACUAAGGAAAGCAAAGAACUAGCAGCAAACUUUAUGGCAUUUUAUGAAGAUCUGUUCUGCGACGACGGAAACAAUAAAAUCAUUAAAAACAAAAUGGAAGAAGUGGUUGAUGUCUUUUUGGAAGAAAUUUCUUGCAUACAAAAAAGGAUAUGCAAUUCUAGCGAUGUUGUCAUCUUGAAUUGUGGUCAAGAUUCGCAGCGCAAGAAAAGAGCUGUGGAGGAAAGACGAAACACUGCUGGAUUUAAAAUCAAAUUUUCAUGCAAACCAAUAGAAUUUGGAUCCGAAGUUUGUGCAGAAGAAAUUGUAGGUGCGAUAAAUAGUUUUCAACAACCCUUUUCAAGAGACAAACUUGCAGUCAACAUUAGCGAGAUUACUUACCAGAUUGACUUAAACCAAACGUCUGCCAGAGGAGAAAUUCAGUGUGAGAUUGGAUUCGUCAGUACUGGGAUACAUUGUGUGCCAUGUGGUGUGGGUAAUUUUUUCAUCGAUGGAGAAUGUAAAAAGUGUGACUUUGGGUUUUAUCAGGAUGAGCUUGGUCAGACUGAUUGUAAGGUAUGCCCUUCUAGCAUGACAACACAAGGACGAGCAUCCAGGGAUCUGGGAAGCUGUUCUGUGAUGCUGAUUCUUCAGGAAAAUUAUACUGAGUUGUACACUGGUGUUGGAGUAAGCGUCGGUACACUCAUGCUUAUUGGUGCCCUGGUAACUGUUUUCGUGUUUAAAUUUAGAAAACUGGAGCUAAAAUUAGGGAAGGGAAGCGUCAAGGUUCAGAAGAAGGAUUGUCAGACGGACGCCUUUAACUUUGAUGAACAGGAAGAACAAGUUGUGGCUCUGUGUACAAUCAGGAAACUGGACGAUAAUGGAGUUCCUAUCAACUGAAAUCUUGUUUUCUAACAUCUCAAUAAGAUACUAUUCCUUUUGUGUAUACUGAAAAUUGUGAUUGUAAAGUUUAGAUGAAAUUAAAAUAAGAUUACUGAAAUUGUAAAUUACUAUUACACUCUUCCUUGAAAUUCACUUUUGUAUAAAACAUAUUGUUUACGCUUUGUAUUCUGGAUUUACAUGUAUCUAGGAUUUUGUAUGAUUUUUUCCCCUG